GAAGAAGAAGAAGAAGAAGAAGAAGAAGAAGAAGAAGACGUUGCCGUGAUAAUUUCCAGCCAUAUUCUCCCAGAGUUGAACCAAGUUAACAGCGUGAAGAUGCAGAUUUUCGUGAAAACCCUCACUGGGAAGACCAUCACCCUGGAGGUGGAGCCCAGUGAUACCAUUGAGAACGUGAAGGCAAAGAUUCAGGAUAAAGAAGGCAUUCCUCCUGACCAGCAGAGGCUGAUCUUUGCUGGCAAACAGCUGGAAGAUGGCCGCACCCUGUCGGACUACAACGUCCAGAAGGAGUCCACCCUCCACCUGGUGCUCCGCCUGAGGGGAGGACGCUGAGGACCUGCUGGCAAAGAUGUUAGGGUUCAGUUUUGAAGAGAUUUGAUCCUUGUUCACAUAGUUGUCAUUUAACAUAUCAAUAAAGUUGAAACAUUCCU